CACGGUUCAGGCAAACGGGUUCGCAAUGGAUACGAGAACCUGGCAAGACUCGGAAGAGGGCCUCAGCCCUGACUGGAUCUUUUCCAACAACUCCAACGUGCACGCGUGUAAUGAUAGGAAAUGGUUCACCGAUUUCACGCCCUUCCCAAGCCAUGUCGAUUCGGCCACUUUUACCGGCCGCGCAGUCCCCGUGGAAGGCGUAGGAGCUGUCAAUCUUCCAGUCAAGAGAGGCCCAAAUGUUCGCGGACCGCAAGCCCACCAUAUCGUACGCCUUACAAACGUGCUCUACGUUCCAUCGAGCGUCUGCAACAUAGUCGGGAUGCCUAUCUUUGAGUCCGGCGUUGCUUCAGUCAGCAUGGGUAGAGGUCCCAAUUCCAAAGGUAGUCUGGAAGAUCGCAACGGCAGCCCUGUCGCAUACUUCUCUCCCAACGCAAGGCUUCUUUCUCUGAGACUCAGCGGGCCGCCGAUCGGGCCACGGCUCGCACCAUCAAAGUUCGAUCCCGACACACUGUAUGCGGCGAGUAUCAAUUGGCCUCGUGAAGAGAGGGCGCGCUGGGAGGCCCAAGUUCAACAAGGCAACGCAGACAACGGGAAGGACCAGUGGAUCGGGGACCAGCCAUAUACUGAUGAGGAAAAGGCGUGGGUGAAGAAGCAUUUUGGAAACGAGUUCAGACUUCUUAUGCUUUACGGACUUUCAAUCCACGAUGAAGAGGACCGGGCAGAAGGCCGAGCCAUCGCACGCUCAUUCAUGCGGGCUGACGCGGAACGUGAAGAUGAUGAGAUGGAUCAGGAUGAUGAUGAUGAUGAGGAAGAGGAAGAGGAGGAGGAGGAUGAGAAUGACUUUGAGAGGCACCUUGCCGAUCACCACUUCGAUGCGCAACAACUGGACUGGAUCGAGGAGAAUUAUCGGGAUUCAGCCACCUUCAUGUACUCAUUCGGCCUCAAGUUCUACGAUGACGACGAUUGCGAACAGGCCAAAGCCAUUGUUCGAUCUUUCAUGAGCAAUUGAUGUCUGCCACAACACCCGUUAUCGAGCUAACAUACGCACCCUCAGAUUGUCAUCAUGUUGU